AUGGCGGCCAGCGUUCAUCAGACUCCACUGCUGUGGAUUCCGCUCAAACAGACAGAAGAAGUCGACGUUGCCACACCAGUUCGCUCCCUCAUCUCCUCUUCCUAUGGCGAGGAUCCAAAACGCUACUCGUCGGCGUUGGGUGCAUUGGCAAGGGCGAGGACGGAUGCAUUGAGAGGAUCACCCGGUAGUGAUAGGACGGCCAGAGACCUACUUUACAAGUGGUUUCACAUCUUGGAGAUGCUCGAAGUCCGCUUUCCUGAGCUCAGAGUGCCCUUCACUUGGAAGGAUGCCUUCACUACAAAACCGAUCAGCCAAUUCUCGCUCGCCUACGAAAAGGCUAGCGUCAUAUUCAACAUCGGCGCCACUCUUAGCGCAAUGGCAUCGACUACCACGCGGCUGGGAGGAGCAGGCGGCGAGGCAGACGCAAAGGCCAAUGUCACCUCGCCCUCUGCCUCGUCGGCAUCCCUCGCCUCUGCUUCAGAAGGCGAUGGCACAAAGAGAGCGUACACAGCUCUGCGUCAAGCUGCUGGCUUCCUCACCUACAUCAAUGACAACUUCCUUCACGCCCCUUCGACGGACAUGUCUCGUAACCUACUCCGCUUUCUCGUACCACUGCUCCUCACUCAAGCCAACGAGGUCUUUCUCGAGAAGACACUCAAUGGCAAGAGCAGCCCUGGGCUCAUCGCAAAGCUGGCUAGCGGCGUCGCAGCGGGCUACACGACGGCUGCGGAAGAGGCAAAGGAGUGGGUGUCGAAGGAGACCAUCGACCGCAUCUGGGGUCUUCUCAUCGCGGCCAAGGCCAAGCACUACUCUUCGCUGGCUCAGUACUACAAGUCGCAGACCGACGCAUCAGCCUCGCAGCACGGCCACGCUCUCGUCCGCUUGACGAUGGCAGAGACCCUUUCCAAAGAGGCACUCAAGCUCUCCAACCAAUUCUCGUCCAAUCACUCCUCUUCUGGCCCAUCAGCUUCGGCGGCUACCACCUUUGGCUACACCAGCAUCACCUCCAGCGCGUACACGAUGCCCAACGAUGCCGGCCCUGCAAUCAUCAGCAUCGUCUCCACUCACCUGUCCAUCGUGUCAGAGAAGCGCGCCCAAGCAGUGAAGGACAACGACUUCAUCUACCACGACAUCCUCCCUUCCGAAACGUCCUUGCCCGCCAUCGAUGCCACGAAGCCUGCGCAGCUCAUCACAAUUCAGGAGGUCUAUUCCAGUCCAGAGGUACAGCGCGCUGUAGGCCCCGACCUGUUUGCUAAGCUUGUGCCCCUCGGCGUGCACGAGCGCGCUUCCAUGUAUUCCGAGGAGAAGGCCAAGCUUGCGAGAGCAGAGGCCGAGAGGUGUGAUGUAGCCGAAGGCGAGCGGGUGGCGACGCUUGAUGGCAUGGGCUUGCCUGCUGCGCUGGAGCGAUUCCGAUUGGCAGUCAAGAUCGGUGCAAACAGCGGCGAAGGCGCGGGCUUCGAGUCGCUUGUCGACCCAGGCACCCAGGUCAUGACUUGGUCGCAGGAAGAAGCUGCCGGCGGAGGGGCAAGGGGUGCGGACGGUCUCUCCGCCCCAGGCUCAGCAGGCAUCGAAGAUGCACUACGCCGGAUUACCUCCCUCCGUCAGACGGCGAACAGCGACCUCGGCACGGCGUCUGACUUGCUGGAUGAGGAGUCCCGUCUCUGCGAGAAGGCCAGAGCGAAGCAUGGCCUGAAUUGGUCGCAGGAGCCCUCGGGGGCGCAGGCGAAAGUGAAGGAUCUGCGCGCCGAAAUCAAAAGCAACCGUGAAGCGCUCAGGCAGGCUGAGGAGAAUGAUCGGCGGAUCGAGGCCAAGUGGCGGGACUACGAGAAGGAUAUCGGGCUGCUGGUGCAGGGGAGAGGAGCUUUGGAGCAAGCAUUUGCCGAGGCGCUCAGCGGCAGCAGCGGCGCUGGCGGGCCUGGUGCUUCGAACAGCGGAGGCAUGUCCCUCCUUGACCUCUCCGAGAGUGACGAGCAGGCAAGCACAGACGCGAUUUCUAAGCUCCGCAGCGAUGUGGAAGCGCUGGACUCCCACCUGGUCAAGCUCUCCAAAGUCAAGCGCGAACGGGACUCCCUGCUGGCCGAACUACGCGAAAAGCUGCAAACCGACGACAUCGGACAUCUUCUCAUCUUGUCUCAUCGCGGAGGGGGCAAGAAGUCGUCUUCCUCGUCCUCUGGAGGCGAGAGUAGUGAAGACGCAGGCGGAGCAGGCGAGAACCCCAAUCAGGCGGCACAGGAAGCUGCUCUGUUUCGUCAGGAAUUAGACAAGUUCCGGCCCUGGCAGCAGAGGAUUUCACAGGCUUUGGCAACGCAAGGGCACCUUCUCUCGGAAAUCACACGGCUGUGGAACGGGAUCAACUCUUCUCCCGAAGGGUCGCGCAUCGCGAAGCAAUGGGAAGAGAAGAGUCGAGCCCGUGAGGCGCUUGUCAGCAGGUUGUCGGCCGCAAAGGGGGCGAGUGCUGAAGUUCGCGCCGCAUUAGGAAAAGGCCUUCAGUUCUAUGAGGAGGCUGGGGACAUUGCCAGGGGUCUGAAGGUGGGGUCGAAAGAGUGGCAUGAGACUAGGGGAAGGGAGAGACAGAAGUUAGAGGGAGAGGCGGAGUGGCAGGGGAAGCUUGACGGUGCCGGGAGAAGCGACAGCAGCAGUGGCUUGGAAGGGAGUAUGAGUAGGAUGGGCUUGGGUGGUUCAGCAGGUGGACCACCGCCCCCACCUCUGCCUAACGCUACGACGAGGCAGGCAUCAUAUGGAGCGUACGGCGCAUCACCUAGCCCUUCGCCUGCACAGCAUCACGCGCCGCCUCCACCAUCGGCAACGGCAUCGUUCCAGCACGGGCAAAGCACCCAACACUACCCACUUCCGCCCUCAUCCUCAUCCUCAAUCAGCUCUCCGACCUCUCCUGGCCUUCCACCUCCUCCAGCGCGGCCAUCGUACUCUUCGUUUCCUCCGCCUCCUCCACCACAGCAGCAGCAGCGAAAUAGCAGCGCAGCCUCGCCGUACAACUUUGGCCCUGCUACGUCCGGGCCUUUUGCUAGUGCUUCGAGUCCUGCGCCGCCUCCACCUCCUCAGCAGCAACAUCAGCAUCAGCCACAAAGGCAGGGAAGCUACGGCUAUUCCUCGCCCGCACCACCUCCAGCGCCACAGCAGCAGCCGCAGCCGCAAUACAGCCAUCCCACUUACAGCGCUUACCAGCCGCCUUCCUCGGCAGCGUCCUCAUCUCCCUACUAUCCGGCUCCUCCAGCCCAGCCAUCAGGUGCAGGAUUAGUGGGAGGAUACCCCGCCCCGCCCUCGACGGCACCCGUCCCUCCCUCAUCAGGCUACGGCGGUUACGGAGUCCCGAGCAGCGCCUAUGGGAGCAGGCCGCCACCCCCACCGCCUCAGUCUUCGACUCCCGGAGCGGGCUACUACGGCGGUGCACCUCCGCCGCCUCCCCAGCACCAGGGGCAGUAUGGAGGCGCCUCUCAACAGCAGAGUGGCGGGGCAGGCUAUGGACAAGGCGGGCAUUAUGGACAGCAGGGCCAGCAGCCAUGGCGCGGUUAUUGA